GCAUAAUUUCUUUAUUCUUUAUUUGACGAUUAUCUUGAUCGAGGUGCAAACUUUUAUCGAAAAUCAAACCUGAAAAUGUAUUUAUGCUAACAAUACAUUACAAUAACAAGGCACAGAUUAGAUAGCGCGGCACGUCGCGGCGCGCUGAGUGGCGGCUGGCGGCCUUAUCACUGGUGUUGCAGGGCUGGCGCACGGCGGCCGGCGACCGGACCAACUGCUGCUGAACAAUUAGACAUACAGUGUUACAGUGCGCGACAAAUUAAGUGAUUACUCCAACGUGAGGCAGGGCCAGGGUGAACUAUUCGAGAUGAAGUGGAGUAUGGUGUCGGUGGUGUGUGUGCUGGCGCUGCUGGUGGCGCUGGCGCGGCGCGGCUCGGGCGGCACGGUGCUGGUGGUGUUCCCGGUGCCCAGCCGCAGCCACACGCUGCUGGGUGACCACCUCGUCACCACCCUGCUGCACGCAGGACACAACGUAACAUACGUAACGACGUUCACGAGGGUGAAGGCGAGCGACCGCUUCACUCUCAUUGAUAUCGGCUCCGCUGCAGACGACGACGGAGAAUCGAGUAGUGCGCCCCCUCUACAAGAACCAAGCUCCUCCCGUUUCCCACCCCAUCAGUUCUUGGCAGAAGGCACCAGCAUCGCGGAGCGAGCGCUGCGGCACCCCCGGGUGCAGACGCUGCUGAAGGACGUCACCCAAAGUUUCGACCUGGUGGUGGCCGAGUGGUUCUACUCUGGACUGUUGGCUCCGCUGGCGGAGGUGUUCGAGUGUCCUCUGGCGUGGUACAGCGCGGGGGACGCGUCGUGGCUGAGCGUGCAGCUGGUGCACGAGCCCAGCAGCCCCACCUUCUUCGUGGACCCGCUGGCCCCCAGCCUGCCGCGCCUGGAGCCCGGCGUGCCCGACCGCCUGCGCCGGCUCGCCAGGCAGGCCUACCUCUCCGCCUGGGUAUACUACAUGACUCACUACGUGGAGACUCCCGCGUACUACGAGAUCUACCAGCUGGCCAUACAGCUGCGCGGGCGCACGCCUCCGCUGUACGAGCAGCUGCUGUACGACGGGGCUCUGCUGCUGGUGAACUCGCACCCAGCGCUGGGGCAGGGCGUGCCACUGCCACACAACGCUAAGUACAUCGGGGGACACCAUCUCACGGCUACCCACUCCGCCCUGCCCAAGAAUCUUCAAACCCUGCUGGAUAACGCUAAACACGGCGUGAUCUACUUGAACCUGGGCGGCACAGUGAGCGAGGAGCUGCCGCCGGAGACGACGCGCGAGCUGCUGCGGGUGUUCCGUCAGCUGGAGCAGGUGGUGGUGUGGCGGCACCGCGGCGCCGGCGCGCUGCACCACGUGCCGGGGAACGUGCACCUCCUCGACCGCGCGCCGCACCUCGCGCUGCUCAAACAUCCGAACACCAUCAUGAUGAUCACGCAUGGCGGAUUCCUGUCAUAUAUGGAGGCGAUGUAUUACGGCGUGCCUAUUAUUGGUGUGCCGGUGCACGAAGACCAGCUCCUCACCAUAGACAUAGCGGCGAGCAGAGGACGUGCCAUUCAGGUGCCCAUAUCUAACGCUGGGAUCGGUUACAAGCUCAAAGGAGCUAUCUUUGAAUUACUUGGCAACUACAGGUACGUGAUCACAGAUACUUAUGUGUAGAAUUAGUGCCAAAAUUCAAUAUUUAAAAUAAACAAAUAGCUGCAACCAGCUAAUUAGUAAGCGAGAAGUAUAUAUCAAUACCCACAAUGAGUGAUCGUACUAACGUGGACCGUGUCUGCGGGUGCGGGAGCCCCACUCUGUUGGCUAAUGGAAUCCGCUACUGGCCGCUCUAUUUCUGACACGUUGGCGGCACUUCUGCGGUUGCCUACUUUAUUAUUUACAAUUCUCCAGAGGACCGUGUUU